AUAAUAGUUUAAAUACAGAAAUUAAUUAGAGUUAAAGAAAUACUCAUGGGAAAACAAAGUAAACAGGGAAUACAGGGAUAACGAGGUAGUAAAUAUUGACGGAUUGAUAAACAGUUAUAAGCUGAAUUAAAAUCAAACGGACCGGAAGACCAGCUAAAGAGAGCGCCUCUCGUCAACUAAAAGGGUCCACAAAUUUUACCACGAAUGAAUAUUUUAACAAUCAUCAUUUUAGUCUCAUUACAUAACUGCCAACGAUCAUGUACCGUUUUAUGGAACCCGAUUUAACCAUUUAUGUAAUGUCAUUAAAUAACAGAUUGCGAGCAUUUUUAUCUCACCGAAAACUUCUAGCACAGUACAGUGGUUAUUUUAAAACAUUAGAGGAUUGUGAAACAAAUAAAAUAUUUAUUCCUGACAUUACAGAUGAUACAUUUUCAAUUAUAUUAUCAUAUGUAUAUACAGGAAUGCUAAAAAUAAAUAAUAUCAAUAUACAUUCUGUUCUUUUAGCAACACAUACCCUUCACAUGCCACAAGCAUCAGAUAUGUGUCGUCAAUUUUUGAUAACUCAAGAUCAAAAUAUAAUAAAACCUAUAGCAAAACUACCAUCAUUUACAGAUGCUUCAGUAAUUCAACAACCAAAUGAAAAUAGAACAUUAAAAAUAUCGGAAGAAUCAAAUUUCAAACCACCAAUACGUAAGGAAAAUAUUAUUUUGGAUAUAGCAAGUUGUGAUGGACCAGUUAAAUUUUACAGAGUACUUAACAAAAACUACAAAGGUGAUGAAAGGAAAUCAGCACAAAAGCAGUCUUAUAAUUGCAAAUACUGCAAUCAUCCAUUUAAAAGUAAAAGAAAUAAUACUUCUAUUCAAUAUUAUCCAUGCAGACAAUGUGGAUCAAAAUUUCCAAGUUAUUACUUUGUUCAUAAACAUCAAAAAUAUUGUAAAAAAAACUAACUAAUAAUAUUUUUAAAGAUAUGAUAGUAAUAUGAAAUAUUAAC